AUGGCACCCGGUCGCGAUUUCUCAAAGUCGCUUAGCGAAGCCAAACGCAACUACGAGAUUUACAACAAGGAGCUCCUUGCCAUCAUGCUCGCGCUGGAGGAAUGGUGCCAGUACCUCUUGGGCACCCAUCACACGUUCGAAAUCUGGUCAGAUCACCAGAAUCUCACGUACUUCCGUGAAGCUCGCCGCCUCAAUCGCCACCAAGCUCACUGGUUCACCGAGAUGCAGGAGUACAACUUUACGCUCCACCACAAGCCCGGCGGCCUCAUGGGUCGUCCUGACGCGCUUUCACGCGAAGCAGGACAUGAAAGGGGGGAGAACGACAAUCAGGACGUUGUCCUGCUCAAACCCGAGUUUUUCCGCAUCCUGCUUUGCGCUACAGCACUCGACUUUGCCGGCAAAGACGAGCCCACGAUCCGUCAUAUCAAAGACUGCACCGCCAAAUGCGAGGAAUCCGUCGAACUUGCCCUGCUCAUUAAGAAUCCGCACUGGAAGGAGCACGCAGACGGACUACUCACGCAUGACGAUCGCAUCUAUGUGCCGCCUGACAAAACCUUACGCGCGAAUAUCAUCAAGGCGCACCAUGACUCGCUCGCUGCAGGACAUCCAGGACGCUACAAGACGGAGGAGCUUAUCACACGGACGUAUUGGUGGCCAAGCAUUAGAAAGGACGUAGGACGCUAUGUGGCAGGGUGCCAGCUCUGCCAGCGCAUCAAGUACCGACGAGAAAGCCCCAACGCACCGCUCCAGCCCAACGAGAUGCCCACUCGCCCAUUCAAAGUCAUCUCUAUGGACUUUGUGGGCCCGUUACCCGAAUGCGAAGGUUUCAACAUGGUACUCAAUGUCAAUAACCACUUCAGUCGUUGCGUCAUCUGCAUUCCCUGCAGGGAUACUACGGACUCAGGCCAACUUGCCCAACUUUUCCACGACCACGUCUACAGCGAGCACAGCCUACCACGCAAGAUCAUCACGGAUCGCGGCUCUACCUUUGUCUCCUCGUUCAUGCGCACUCUCAUGGAUCAGCUUGGCAUAGUUGGGAAUCCCUCCACGGCGCACCACCCGCAGACCGACGGACUCGCCGAGCGCUAUAACCAGGAACUCAAAACCUUCCUCCGCCUCUACGUGGACUACCACCAGAGCAACUGGGUGAAAUACCUCAAGUCGGCGCAGUUCUCGUACAACAACACGGUUCACUCCUCCAUCGCGGAAACCGUGAAGCAUGGGACAGGCGCCUAUGCGGCCGCUUCGCCGCAUUCCCGCUGA